AUGAUUGGUGUUCCGGUAAAUCCUAAUUCAGUUUAUAUACCAAUAGUUCAAAAUGAUUUUCGACAAUCAAUUAAUAACAUAAAUCAUCGAAUAUCUUCAAAUAAAAUUUUAAUAAUUCUUGCUAUUGCUUAUGGUUUGAUCAUAGCACCUGGAAUUGUCUUUUUUAUUGUUGGUGGAAUAACAAAUAUUAAUUCUGAUAGACAUGGAUUUCCUAUAUUAGUAGGAAUAGCUAUUCCUUUGACUAUAAUUGGAUCAAUAGUUUUUGGUAGUGGAUGUUGUCUUAUACAAACAAGAUGUGUUGCACGACUACGACAAGCCAUUGCUGAAGAAUCAAUAAAAUAG